AUGACAUCCUUGUUAAUUCAUGAUUCAAGAUUGCGUGAUUGCGUUAACGGUAUGAAUGCUUUACCCUCAAAGUCCUUUGACUACAAAGAUGAUGACGAUGAUGCUCAUUUUGCAACAUCAUCAUCAACAAGACAGAAAAAUCGGCAGGAGGCAAUCAAAAGAUUUAAGCCUGUUCAUUUUUCAAUUUUAGGUGAGCCAUGCGUUGUUUGUGGCGACGCUGCGUCGGGAAUUCAUUACGGGGUUUCAUCUUGCAAUGGAUGCAAGACGUUCUUCAGAAGAGUUAUUAUAGAGAACCGCACAUAUUCAUGUAAGCAAAGUGGGGAUUGUCCGAUCGAUAAGGAUAUGAGAUGUUCAUGCAGGCAUUGCCGUUUCAAGAAGUGCUUAAGAGUCGGGAUGGACCGUACAGGUUUCAGUUUUUCAUUUCGAGUAGUCAUUUGUUCAGUAACCGGUUCCUCCUCUACUUUGUUUGUUUAUGAAAAUUCUCAUGAAUUAAACGUUGGGAGACGAAGGAAAAGAAAAGUAGCAAAGGUGGAGAAGAAUAAUGAGGAGAUCAUCGAUGUCGAGGAUCCACUGAUAUUUAGACUUUUAGAACUGGAAGACAAAUUCAUUGCAAUGUUGACUUCUCCUGCAGCUCCAGUGCAUUUAGAUUUUAAAGCUGCUUUUGUUGAUCCAGAAAGUAAAUUUGAUAUACCUGUCGAACAGUAUCGUGCCCAGCAGAUGCCGUCAGGAGAGCAAAUGAAUUUUUCUUUUUGGCGAGCAAAGAUUCUCUCUACGUUAGUGGAGUGGGCAAAAUCAUUUGAGUGUUUUCAGAAAUUGUCAUCGGAGGAUCAGCAAAUGUUGAUCGUUCAUGCAGCUUUUUCUAAUUUGGUCCUUUCUGAAGCUUACCAUACGAACGAAAAGUACACCGAUCGAAUUGUCUUUCCUGAUGGUCUUGCCGGUUUUAGAAAUCUCUCCGCAAAUAUUCUCAAGGAGAGAAGUGGGUUAAUACCGACGGUAGUGGCCGUUAUAAAUCAUAUAUUAGUGCCGAUUCGAAAAAUGCAAAUGACUAGGGUAGAAUAUGUUCUCUUACAAGCAGUUAUUCUUUUUGAUCCAGGAACUGGGCUGGAACAUCAUCUUGACGUUAAUAUGCAUCUGUGCGCUGUUUUGAGCUGCUUUUGUAUGGUUGAAUAUUCCGAAAGUGGGAUGCCUUUUUAUGUGCAGUGCGUUUCUCUUUCUGAGGAUGCGAAGCGGCUUGUUGGGGAAGAAAGACACAAGCUUCUUCGUUGCUUACGACAACAUCUAAAUAGGCGGUACGACCCGAUCGAAGGUGCUCAUCGAUUUGGUUUAAUUUUACUGAGGAUACCUAAUGUGCAGAAGGUAGCAGCUUUUAAAAGGGAGACUCUGUGCACAAUAGAAACCUUCAACUUGAUGUCACCUCAUCCAUUGACAAUGGAAAUCUCAAACAAGUAUCCGGACGUAUCUUUUUUUUAA